UUUAAUUUAUUAGUUGCCCACUUUUUUAAAAGAUGAAAAUUUUGAAAAAUAAAAUUUUAAUUAACUUCCAAAAAAUUUCUUUUUUUAUAUUUGAAACAAUUUUACUUUUUGGUAUACUCAUACCUGCUUUAUUAAAUUCCCUAGACGGACUUGAACCAUUUUCUUAACCAUAAUUAAAUCUUCGUUUUUUGUAAUUUAGAUGGGCCUAAUAUUUAAUUAAGUUUGAAAUUUUUUUAUUAUCUUCUGUAUUUGUUAAUAUUUUAAUUUUUCAAUUUGUGGAAAAAAAAUUUUGCUUCCCUUUUUCUUCUCUUUUUCUGCAAAACCCAGUUUCCAGAAAAAUACUAGUUGGUAGUUUUUCAGACACUCCGAAACUGGGUUAGGCGGUAUGUUGAAUUUUUUUUCUACAAAGUUAAGCUAAAAAUUUCCUAUUUUUGUUUUUAUUUUCUAUAUUUUGUUCAAAUGGUAACUAUAUUUUGGAAAAGUUUCUGAUUUUAGUGAUUUCUAGAUUCAAAAGGAAAGAUCUUUAAGUUUUGAUUUAUUUCUCUAAAUUUCUUGGUGUAUUAGGAAAUUUUCAGACAAGGUUUUGGCUUUUUUUAAAGCAGUUAGUGAGUUGGGUUUUCUGGGUUGGUUUCUUGUUGAUUGACUUGUUUUUGGGUUACUAAAGGAUUCUGAGUUUUGGGUUUUUUUUGUUUUACCUUCAUCACUGCUUGAUCAUUUUUCUUUUUUUUUUUGUGUGUUGUAAAUGCUGCUUUUCAGCUCAAUAUAUGCUCUUCUUCUUGUACUCUUCAAAUUUAAGAUAGUUUAGUAAGUUUUCUGGGUGUAUCAGAAUCUUAGGGUUUUAGGUUUUUGUCAAGGGCUUUAGAAUUUGUGUUGUUCCAUUGAAAGUUUUAAAGUUUAAUGCAUGGAGGCUUGUAAAGAGGAAAUAAGUUCUGGGAUAACAGUGAAAAGUGAUGAAGCAGUUCAGGGUUUCUGUCUGGCAUCUAGGGCUGAAAACCCUAUGAGUCAGCCAGGAGCUCCAACUAUGGCAGCUGCUGCUCCACCAGUUAAUAUGACAGGAGUACCUCCUUCUUCUGAUAUGAGGAAGAAGAGAGGUAGGCCUAGGAAGUAUGGCCCUGAUGGGGCUGUGGCGGCCGCAUUGUCGCCAAUGCCGAUUUCGGCUUCAAUUCCUCUCAGUGGAGACUUCUCAGGUUGGAAACAACCUAGGGGAAGGCCUUUUCAGACAGUAAAGAAGGCACAGAAAGUGGAGUUUGAGAGUCUAGGCGAUCGGCUUGCAUAUUUCGUUGGUGGAAAUUUCACUCCUCAUGUGAUCACUGUAAAUGCUGGGGAGGAUGUCGCGAUGAAGGUUCUAUCAUUUUCACAGCAGGAGUCUCGUGCUAUAUGUCUUCUCUCAGCAAGUGGUUCAAUCUCAAAUGUUACCCUUCGUCAGCCGAAUUCUUCUGGUGGCACUCUAACAUAUGAAGGCCGUUUCGAGAUACUUUCCUUGUCUGGUUCAUUUAUGCCUACUGACAAUGGUAUAGUGAAGAGUAGAUCUGGAGGCAUGAGUGUCUCACUAGCAGGUCCUGAUGGUCGUGUCUUAGGUGGUGGACUUGCUGGUUUACUUGUUGCUGCUAGUCCUGUGCAGGUGGUGCUGGGAAGUUUCUUGCCUGGCCAUGCUCAGGAGCAGAAGCCGAAGAAGCAGAGAAUGGAACCCGUAACCCCUGUUAUACCAGCGAUUGUCAACCAAGCGCCAGAAGGAAUUUAUGGAGGAGGGCAGAAGGUAAACUUCUCAUCCCCACCUCCGUCAUUCCAUACCGAAAAUUUGCCUUCUAUGAACUCUACCCAACAUGACCCAAUGAUGGACCUUGAAGCUGACAAUAACGUAUCAACCCCUGAAGGGGAUUCUGAUGAUUUUGAUGACGAUGACGACAGCCCUUCAAAUCUCGAGAUUUCUGGCUGAAAAUUUGACCUUAGUUUUCUUCUUCUCACAUCUGUAUUUGUAUUUCAAUCAAUAGUUGGUCCACAGAUUUACCUAGGACUGGUUUUCCUCACUUGUGGGGAAUGGCAGUAUGUCACAUGUAUCGUUACAAGUAGGUUUUAGUAUUAGCUUCGGCUUUUUAACACAGGACGUGCUCGUUUGUUAGGAUUAGUCAGGAUUUUAGUGUAGUUAGUACAGCUGGUGUUGCUGUUAAUUGUCUGGGUGCUCCGUUUGUCUUCCUGGCCUGGGUUCCUUUAGAAACUACAGAUGUAUGUCAUGUAUUCCUCAUUCUUCUGUCCAACUUUUGUGGAAUUAAAAUUAUGGUUUUGUAGCAAGAAAUUAUGCUGAGAUUUGUAUUGGAA